AGCUCUUUCCUCAAUAUUCAGACGCCUCUGGAAUAUCAGAAUACCCCGUAAAGGAAUUACUUUUGUGUGAAGCUUUCAGCGCUGAGGACACGUCAUCCUGCCGUUUAUCUACAUCUUCAUUCACCAUGUCGAUGUGGUUUGCUGUACUUCAUGUAUUAGGUCUUCUGUCUGUAAGCUGCUGCACUUUGGGCUCUGAAGUUAAUGUUCCAACACCGAUUACCUGUGGAACCCGGGCAGCUGAUCUACCGGACACGCGUCAGCUGGUUCUCUGCCCAGCAAACUGCUCUCUGUGGAGUCUGUCGGUGUUUGGUUCAGGAGUUUAUGCCUCGAUUUCUAGCAUCUGUGGUGCAGCAAUACACAGAGGAAUCAUAACUUUAUCAGGCGGCCCUGUGGAGGUUCAUGGACUGCAGGGUAGGACAAACUAUCUCAGCUCUUUCGCUCACGGUGUCCAAUCUCAGUCCCUGUCACAAUGGAGUUCAUCUUUUACUGUGGCUAGAACAAUAAGCUUGCCUUUGGAAGUGUCCAGCCAAACCAGCAGUUCCUCCACUGUUGUAUCUGGAGCAGUCAAGAAACCAGUCAAAAAAACCGUGAAGAAACCUCCUCCUACAACAGCAAACAGAGAUUGUCCAGUGGACAUGGCUUUGUUGCUAGAUAGCAGCUAUAACAUUGGACAGCGUCGGUUUAACUUGCAGAAGAGCUAUAUUAGUAAGCUUGUGUCGAUGCUGAAGGUUGGAUCACCAGGACCUCAUGUAGGAGUGGUGCAAACCAGUGAGAGCCCUCGAACUGAAUUCUACCUGACAAACUAUACUACAGUCAAAGACCUGACUUUUGCCAUCAAAGAAAUACCAUACAUUGGAGGCAAUACAAAUACAGGUAAGGCCAUACUACACACCGUGAGGACGUUCUUCAAUCUGGAUUACGGUGUGAGGAGAGGUUACCCACGGGUCAUCGUGGUGUUUGUCGAUGGUUGGCCCUCGGAUAAUGUGGAGGAGGCUGCGGUGUUGGCCAGAGAGUCUGGCAUUAACGUGUUCUUUGUGUCUGUGGCCAAACCUGCUCCUGAGGAGGUGAAUAUGGUGAGCGACCCAGACUUCAUGAGAAAGGUGGUAUGCAAGGACAAUGAGUUCUUCACCUUCACCAUGCCUAGCUGGUUUGGAACCAACAAGUUUGUGAAGCCUCUUGCUCAUAAACUUUGCUCCAUCGAUCAGAUGCUCUGCAGCAAGACGUGUUACAAUUCCGUCAACCUGGGCUUCCUGAUCGAUGGGUCCAGCAGCGUAGGUGACGGGAACUUCAGGCUAGUGCUGGAACUUCUGGCUAACAUUGCACGCAGCUUCGAUAUCUCCGACAUCGGAUCUCGCAUCGGUGCCAUCCAGUUCACCUACGACCAAAGGAUGGAGUUCAAUUUCAAUGACUACACCACGAAAGAUGAUGCUUUGAGGGCUCUGAAGAACAUCGCGUACAUGAGCGGAGGCACUGCCACUGGAGAUGCCAUCAAUUUUGCUGCGAAGAAUCUCUUCAAACCACGCACGGGCUCCGGCAAGAAGUUCCUCAUUAUCAUCACUGAUGGACAGUCCUAUGAUGAUGUGAGAGUGCCCGCUUUGGCUGCCCAGCGAGAGGGGAUUACCGUCUAUACGGUGGGCGUGGCUUGGGCUCCAAUGGAAGAUUUGAGGGCCAUGGCGUCCGAGCCCAAAGACAGCCACAUGUUCUUCACCCGCGAGUUCACCGGCCUGGCAGAUUUCCAUCAGCCCAUCGUGCGGGGUAUCUGCAGGGACUUCACCGAGUUCAACUAGAGAGUGUAACUGUUGGAGAAAGAGAGAACAGCAAGGAUACCGAGAAAAAGGAGUAGAAAGCAGGGCGAUCUUAAUGAAAAGAGCAUCAUGUUUAUUAUCUCAUUUGGCUUUUCGUUACGCGUAUUAUUAUUUAGAACCAAAAUAAGGCCAACAAUGUAGUUUUUGUAUUUAAAACAAAUUGUUCAAAGCAGGGAUGGGCAAAUUCGGGUUUUCUUGAAGGAAAAGUUUUAAGCUUAAAUUUGUCAAAGGUUACAACAUAUUUGAGAAUGCAUUAUGUCAACCUCUCUAUAAUGUGGAAAAUGUUAUUAUUUGUCAUUUGUAGUCUUAAUGUUCUCAUUUAACUUUACACAGGGCUCUUUCAUAUUAACAUUGGAAUCAAACAUUUCAUUCCAGUUAUGCAAGGCUGUGCACAAGAUGCAGAUUUUUCUGGUAACCAAAAACAGCGCUGCGGAUACCUGCAGUGAAACAGAGCCCUCAUGUGCUCUCUGUUGGUAGUACAGAUGAACCGAAUCUGGUUGAUUCUUUUCCUUUUUUAUAUAUCUUAAUAGGUCGUUCGCCGAUUCACUCCAUCACAUAAAUAAAUCUGGGUUAUAUAAUAAAGCAAUAUGGUCCUUCCCAGGGGUACCAAUCGAUAUACAUGCACACCAUUUCUUAAUCAUGUUCACAACAAAUCAUGUUUUCUGGGUUUCUGUUGAGAAUAGCAUUUGGUAAGUUGGAAGUUUUGGUGAAGUAUUAUUUUGCCUUUAAUUAGACUUUUACAUACCCUUAACAAACAUAACAAACCUAUCUUUGCCUUAUCCUUCUAUAUGCAUGCUUCACUGCCUCACAUAAUGACACCAAAGGGGAGGAGGGGGCAUCAGACUGCUUGUACAUUUGUUUUUAAUUUAUUACUUUCCUCUCAAUAAAAGACAAGGUGCUUUAAAAACGUGA